UUUUUGAACGCCAAAGGAUUAGAGCAAUUGCUUCAGAUAUACCGACCCUCUGUAGCGGCCACUGGAGUCUCCAUUUGCUUAUACUAUUUGGCAUAUAAUGAGGACGCCAUGGAAAAGAUAUGUCUGUUGCCGAAGCAUAUACUGAACGAUUUGGUGGCCUAUGCUUUAUGGCUACUGGAAUGCUCUCACGAUUCGAGUCGAUGUCACGCCACUAUGUUUUUUAGUCUCAGUUUUUCGUUUCGUAUGAUUCUUGAGUUGUUUGACAGUCAGGACGGACUCAGAAAACUACUAAAUGUGAUAUUUCUUUUGGACAUCUUCUCAGACGAGACGGAAUACACUGAGGAUGAGUUGUUCACCAAAAGGCAAAACGCGAGACACGUUUGCGUAGCG